GCUUAUAAAAUAGAUCAAACUGGAUGAAGAUCUGACAUGACUGAACUGAGCGAACCAGAGAGUUCUGUGAUCAUGAAGCUUAUUCUUGCCGUGCUGGUGCUGGGUUUGGUGGUCGAGGCUCAGGCGCAGUGGUACCGCUUCCCAGGACAAGCCAUCCGAGGUGGAAACGACAUGUUGCGCGCCUACCAGGAUAUGAGGAAGGCCAACUGGAAGGACUCGGACAAGUAUUUCCAUGCACGUGGGAACCAUGAUGCUGCCAGACGUGGCCCGGGAGGCAGGUGGGCCGCCAAAGUGAUCAGUGAUGGAAGAGAGGCCCUGCAGGGUCUCAGUCGCCACGGCAACUCUGAUUCUGCAGCUGACCAGGCGGCCAAUCGCUGGGGGCGCAACGGUGGAGACCCAAACCGCUACAGACCCAGAGGCCUUCCCAAACGUUACUGAACACAGAAAAUGUCUGAAAUCUGCCUCCAGGACCAGGAUUUGCAUGACAAAUAUAAAACCAUCACUCUCUUUUUACAUCUUGACAAUUAUCAGUAAUUAAAUCUGCAUUUAUGACAAUACAAAAAUGUAGUCUUUAAUGUCACAUUAAUUUGAUUGAUCAUGUUUUAGUUUCUGAUUAAACAAUUCAACUUA